GUUAGCACCUUGCAAGGAAGUAGUAACAUAUCCAGUUGUGAAACUGGGACAGGCCAGAGCUCUCAGAUCAGGGAAACAUGUCCCGUCGGAAACAGACAAAUCCAAAUAAAGUUCACUGGGAUCAAGUAUUUGCUGGGCUAGAAGAGCAAGCCCGCCAGGCGAUGAUGAAAACUGAUUUUCCUGGAGACCUUGGCAGUCAGCGACAAGCUAUCCAACAACUAAGAGAUCAGGACUCCAGUAGCAGUGACAGUGAGGGUGAUGAAGAGGAGACCACACAAGAUGAAGUAUCUUCCCACACAUCCGAGGAAGAUGGAGGGGUGGUCAAGGUGGAAAAAGAGUUAGAACAUGCAGAGCAGCCUACUGGUGGGAAUGAAAUGGUAGAGCAUGAGGUCACAGAAAAUUUGAACUCUGACCCUUUGCUUGAACUCUGCCAGUGUCCCCUCUGCCAGCUGGACUGUGGGAGUCGGGAGCAGCUCAUCGCUCAUGUGUACCAGCACACUGCAGCAGUGGUGAGCGCCAAGAGCUACAUGUGUCCUGUCUGUGGCCGGGCCCUUAGCUCCCCAGGGUCCUUGGGUCGCCACCUCCUAAUCCACUCGGAGGACCAGCGGUCUAACUGUGCUGUGUGUGGAGCCCGUUUCACUAGCCAUGCCACUUUUAACAGUGAGAAACUUCCUGAAGUACUUAAUCUGGAAUCCCUACCCCCAGCCCACAGCGAGGGCCCCUCUAGUACUGAGGGCAAGGACAUUGCCUUUAGUCCUCCCGUGUACCCUGCUGGAAUUCUGCUGGUGUGUAACAACUGUGCUGCCUACCGUAAGCUACUGGAGGCACAGACCCCCAGUGUACGCAAGUGGGCCCUACGGCGACAGAACGAGCCUUUGGAAGUAAGGCUGCAGCGGCUGGAACGAGAGCGCACGGCCAAGAAGAGCCGGCGGGACAAUGAAACCCCUGAGGAGCGGGAGGUGAGGCGCAUGAGGGACCGGGAAGCUAAACGCCUGCAGCGUAUGCAGGAGACAGACGAGCAGCGAGCACGGCGGCUGCAGCGGGAUCGAGAGGCCAUGAGGCUGAAGCGGGCCAAUGAAACCCCAGAGAAGAGGCAGGCCCGGCUCAUCCGUGAGCGAGAGGCCAAGCGGCUCAAGAGGCGGCUGGAGAAAAUGGACAUGAUGUUGCGAGCUCAGUUUGGCCAGGACCCUUCUGCCAUGGCAGCCUUAGCAGCUGAAAUGAACUUCUUCCAGCUACCCGUGAGUGGGGUGGAGUUGGACAGCCAGCUUCUGGGCAAAAUGGCUUUUGAGGAGAACAACAGCUCUCUGCACUGAACCAUGUCCUCCUGCCUGCCUUCCCACUCACCCAGCCUCCCCACCAAGUCCACAGGGAUCAGUGCUGCAGCCACCCACAAGGCUCUGUCCUGGCUGCCAGAGACAGAUCUGGGUUUGUGGCAGGCAGAGCUAUACACCCCUUGCAUGUGGGAGCAGGUUGAUGGGUUCAGAGGGACCUGACUCAAGGUAGCUCUGGAUGAGGGAGCAAGCACUCCAAAGAACUGGACUCCCCAGCCCCUGCUGCAGGCCAUUCUCAUAGGACUGUGAGGCCCCCGUGCAGCUCAUGACAUUGUGAGGGCAAAUAAAUUAAUUUUAUCUUUA